AUGUAUAAAAAGCGUGCGAUCGGGCAUUCCAUACAUGGGCAAUUGUAUGAAACUAAACUUUUAAGCCUGAUUCUUUUUAGAGCUCAACAUAACAAUGAUAUCGAAGAAUUUUAUAUGGGUUCCAAUAUAGAAAAUGCGCAUCACUUUGACGAUAUUUGUUUUAAAGCAAAAAUAAAGGGACAUGAUCGACCCUUAGUUGUAUUUUUACAAGUGAAACAUAAAGCGAAUGACAGAAUUCCAAUUCCUAAUCCUAUAAAUAUAGUAAAGUUUUUUAACAGCUAUUUAGCUAUUAAACGAUGCUUUAGCACGAAAAGUGAAGAUAUCUUUUUUAACGAAUAUUUUGAUAACACUGAAUGUUUAUGUAUUUUCUACACUAAUGCAAAAUGUGAUUUUAAGAGAGAUGACUUAAACAACCCGUUCGCCAAUCACUUAACUCAAUUGAUUGGUACAAGUAUGGUUGGAGGAUCUCAGCUUUGCCAUACCGAUGAAGACAUACAACUUUUAGAGACAGAACUUUUGAAACAUGAAAUGAAAAUACUGGCUAGAAACUUUGCAAAAUAUAUUAGUACCGAACGAAAUGAAAUGAUGAUGAACGAUGAAUAUAUAUUGCGUUAUCAUAUAAUUUUAGCUAGAAAUGUACUACAUGUUUCAAAAGAACGUAAAGAAUAUAGUGUUUGUACAUUCAGACAUGAUUUCUUUGAAACAUCAGACAAAUACCUUUCACUUUUCAAAGAGGAGUUUUUCCAAAACAUAUUUGAAUCACUUCAGUCAAAACACAACCCAACGCAAACAUCGCAUGUUGACGAGUUCUUAUCUUAUCCAUCUGAAAGAACGUUGAUGAAUGUAAUUGGAAGCCAUAUAACAUAUAAAAAUAACGAACUGAAAUUUAUCAAUAAUGUGCCCUAUGAUUUAAAAAAACAGUUAAGUCUCAUAAAUCUACCACACAGCACAAUAAACAAAGCAAUCAAUACUGUUACAAUAAAAAAACUACAAUCGCUUACAUUUAAAGUUCCUUUUAUAUUUGGUAAUACAGAUUUAGUAUUACCUGGCAGUACAAAAAAAGUUGAGAGGCGUAUAGACUUUUUGGCAGCCAGUAUAGAAGAUUUAAUUAAAAAAUCAAAACCCCAUUGCAUUGUUUCUAUAGACGACACAAUUGCAGUUGGACUUCUACGGCCCAAUGGAGGCCUAGCUGGAGCCGUGGGAAAUCUACUAGUCUAUGACGAUGAAAGCGGCCUACUUAAAUUCACAGAUGAUUGUUCAUUACUGGAGCCUAAUGCGAAAUGCCUAUUAAUAAAAAUAAGAGAAAAAAUUGGUGAUUUAAAGAACUAUCGCAUUCAAGUGAAUAUUGAGAAGUUUCCAAAGCUUACAGUGCAUGAUCAUUAUCAUAAACAUUUGGUAAAAAAAUUCCUCAGUAAACUUGUGUUAUGGACGGAGCAGGCAUCUCAUGAAGUGAUAGAAAAAAUUUUGAUAGAAGAAAUAGAAAAUCAUGAAAGUUAUUCAAAAACAGACUAUUUCCGUAUUAAAUCCGAUGCGAUUUUUGUAAAAUAUCACGAUAACAUACAAAAAUGGUGGAUGUUGCCUGUCCAGCACUACUUGACAAAAGAGAGGAAUAUGUAUCAAUUAGCAGUGGAAAAUAUUAGUAAAAACCAGCUAAUACAUAUUACAAGCACGAUGUAUAUGAAGAAAAUAGCAUCAGCUGAAUAUUCGUUAAAUGAGGAAGCGUUGCACUGCUUUUCUGAUUUUUUUUCAAAAACUAAACAAACCAUUGUUGUAACGAAUAUAACUAUAUUAACAGUUAUUAAGGUAAUUCAGUGCUUAAGUAAAAUGAAAGUUAAUGACCCAAUAGUUCUAGACUUAAAAUAUGUUUUUGAAAUGUUAACAGACGAGUUUUACGCAUUAAUCUCUGAAUUAAAAAAAAAAGAUUUGAAGGAGAUUCUCAUACUCAUUUGUGAUGAUUUAAGCACUAUUCCAAAUUCCAAUAUAAAGUUACAAAAGUUUAUUCAAGAGAUAUCUGACAAAGAAGUUGUGAUUAUUAUUAAUAACACAGAUGCAUCGAUGAUGAGGCAAUGGUUUCCCCAGAUACCUAAAGUAAUUAGUGAUAAAAAUCACAGUAUGGAAGAUCUUGGAGCAACAUCACAAUUGAAAAUUUUAAAUAAUGCAAAAGUGUCAUUUCAAGGCGAAAAUGUCACCUUAGCUGACCUUGUCGACGGUCUGCCAAUGAAAUUUAUAGUAGGAUCUGUAUUACGAAAAGUUAUUUUAAAUGAGAAUAUCGUGGUCGGUGGAUCCCUUACUGAUUCAAAUUAUGAUAAGAUACAACACUUAUUUGUUGACAGAAAAGUAAUUCGUGACCACGUUCCGCUUGAACUACGUACAUUAGCUGAUGUUAAAGACGACAUUGUUAUUGUAACAGGCAAACCAGGAAUAGGUAAAUCAACCUUACUCACCCAUUUAGCGGUCAAAACAAAGAAAGUAAAAUAUAAACUUUGGAUAGUUAAGAUAAAUUUUCUCGACUGUGUUAAACAUUUUAAUAAAUGGCAGAAGCAUGGAACUGUCGUUAGUACAUUAGAAAUGCUCAAGUUAAUGUGUCACGUUGUAUUACAAUCCAUAAGGCCUGGAUAUGAUGCUAAAAUUUCUUUACAUAUAGAAAGUAAUGGAUAUGUGAAUCUACUAGACCUGGGCGUAGAUGAUGAGUGGACUACGUUUGAAUUAAGACUGUUUCUGCAUUCUUAUAUGAAAAAAAAUGUGAUAUUUUUAUUUGAUGGUUUCGACGAAAUAUGUCCGCAUUACACAGACACGGUUAUGGCGUUUCUCAAAAUAAUCAAAGAUGACUCUCGCAAAAACAAAAUGUGGAUUACCAGCAGAUCAUACAAAGAUAUUGAUACGCUUAUACGUUUAGGCAAACCAUAUGAAUUAGAAGGUUUUGACGAAAAUGAACUACAUGUGUUUUUAGAUAAAUUUUGGCAAACAAAUUUAUUAUUGUCUAAUUUUGACAAAGAACAUAUCGAAAAGCUUAAAGAAUUUUUAGAUAAAACUGCGCUUCAUCUAGCUGAGCACUCCACAACUAUAUUAAACUAUCCUCUAGGUAGUAUUUUUGUAUCCUUGAUUUUAUAUUUAAUUACGAAUUUUCCAGAUUUAGAUGGUAGGGAUAAGUGGCGUGACUUAUAUGAAACAAUUCCUCAUUCAUGGAAACAUAUAUCUGUCUACGAAGGUGAAUCAGGUGUAAGCACUAUAAACCACUGUGUAGUUAAAACUCCGUUGUUGGCAUAUUUGUCAGCAAAACAUUUUUCAGACCAUAUAAAACAUCUUGAGGACAAAACUUACACAUUGUAUUACAAAACUUGCAUUACAGAUAUAUAUGAACAAUUUGUAAAAACUAAGUUGCUUCACCAUUUCCUAAAUAAUAAAAAGGUAGAUAUUUAUAAUCCAAGUAUAAGAAUGGAAUACGAAGAAGAAUUGCAAAAACUGAUGAAAGUGUAUACAAACAGUUAG